CCUAUCAUAACCACCCUGAUCCACACCAUUCACCAGCAUGAGACCCACACUCCUCCGCCUCGCCAACGCCUCUGGACCACUCCCGCUCUCAGUGUCGCAGGCGUCUGUCCAGCUCAUCCCCCCUAUCCCCCUCUACCGCCGUCUUCUUCGAGCUCAUCGUCUCUUACCAGUUGAUAUGCGCUAUAUGGGCGACUCUUAUGUCAAGUCCGAGUUUCGACUGACGCGGACCACUGAUAACCCAUUGCAUAUUAUUGGCUUCCUCUCUCAAUGGAAAAUGUACCUCGAUGAGAUUGAGAGCUCGCUCAUCCGACCAGAUGGCAGGAAGCAGGGUCAAGCUGUCGAAUGGAGAGGGAAAAAGCUGGAUACGGGUGCUUUUGAAAAGCUCUCGACAGAGCAGGUGGGGCAGCUGUACGAGCUCAUGCACGCGACCAAGGAUGUGUGGAAAUCACCAGAACAGAUUGAGCGAGAAGCCAAUUCCGCCGGAGUCAGCCCUGUGAACCCCAACGACCCCACCACUGCUGGUAACUCAUAGUGCGCGCACAUAUAUCAACAUAUAGAAUCAUGUAGGCAUGUAUCUGGAUCACGACGAUACGAGAUUCCGUCGGCAUAUCUCAUACCUUCUCAUACGGGAUCCAUCCCACGGGAGCCGUCAAAACAGAGAAGAGGACUGAGCGGCUCCUUUUCCCACGAUCUUGUGCCGUUAGCUUGCAGGUUUCGAGCACCGUUGGCGUUCGGCCCAGAAAGAAAGUCAUGAGCUGAGACGUUCACACGGUGACCGCCAGCUUGAGCGUGGCAUUUAAAAGUCGGGAAAAAACCAGAGCUGCAUCAGAAGGGCUGCAUGAUAACAGAUCCUCUGUUCUUGCAUGACAUUACCGGCUCGGCCGGCAGUGCUAUUCGCACAGGAUCUUCUCCACGGUGACCGUCUGACCGAUGGUAUCUGCGUUACGUAAUUAGAUAUAA